AUGCCCACAAAACUAUUCUUAUCUCAAAUGCGUCUCUUUCACUUCCAACCACUAAAACCCCACUCUCCAUUUCUCUCUCAAUCUCUCAUCAAAUUCUCUCGCCUCCCACUCCGCAACGCCGCGUUUCGUCCUCGUUCUUUCUCCGUCCGUCCAGACAGAAUUAGGGCUUCCAAAAGCCUCGUUGACGACGAGGCUGACCUUAGUAACUGGGUCGACGAUUUGCAAACCGGUCGCGGUACAGCCGACACCAUACGACCGGGUGCUGGUGCUGGUAAAGAUAGCGGGUUCCGGUCACGGAAGAGUAAUGUUGUUAGUAGGGGUUCUGGUCUCGGGCAAAGAAGAGGUGAGGAUUUUAGGAAGGGGAAACCUAAUUUGAAUUCGAAGAAGAGGUUUCCGUUGAGUGAUAGUAGUGAUGUUGAGGAUGAGGUUGUGGCUGGAGGGAAGUUUAAGGGUGGUGGUGGUGGUGGUGGUUCGGGAAGUAUUGGGAGAUUUAUGAGUGAAGAAGAAACUGAAGAUGAGUUUGAAGGAGAAGAAAGUGAUGAGCAGAUUGUUGACAAGAGUAAAAGUGUUUUGUUUGGUAAAGUAAGUGGGUUGUCAACAACAACAACUCCUACACCUGUUUUACCUGAUAGAAGUGAUUCUUAUUUAAGUGAAUCCAGAUUUGACCAGUGUCCAGUCUCUCCACUGUCCUUAAAAGGAGUCAAGGAUGCUGGAUAUGAGAAAAUGACUGUCGUGCAGGAGGCAACCCUUCCAGUAAUUCUUAAAGGUAAGGAUGUCCUAGCCAAGGCUAAAACAGGCACGGGAAAAACAGUAGCCUUUUUGCUUCCAUCAAUUGAAAUUGUUGUGAAGUCUCCACCAAGUGACCGUGAUCAAAGGCGACCACCAAUUUUUGUUCUUGUCAUAUGUCCUACCCGAGAACUUGCAUGUCAAGCUGCUGCCGAAGCCACUAAACUACUUAAGUAUCAUCCUACCUUAGGUGUUCAAGUUGUGAUUGGAGGAACAAGACUUGCUUUAGAACAGAAACGCAUGCAAGCAAAUCCUUGCCAGAUUCUUGUUGCUACACCUGGAAGGCUUAGAGAUCAUAUUGAAAAUACCGCUGGUUUUGCAUCCAGGCUUAUGGGGGUGAAGGCCUUGGUGCUUGAUGAAGCUGAUCAUUUACUAGACAUGGGAUUUCGUAAAGAUAUUGAGAAGAUAAUCGCUGCAAUCCCUAAACAACGACAAACACUUAUGUUUUCUGCAACAAUUCCCGACGAGGUGCGCCAAGUCUGCCAUAUUGCUAUGAAAAGGGAUUUUGAAUAUAUUAAUACAGUUCAGGAGGGUAGUGAGGAUACACAUUCACAGGUCCGCCAAAUGCAUUUAGUUGCACCAUUAGACAAGCAUUUCCCUUUACUCUAUGCUAUUCUGAAGGAGCACAUUGCAAAUGAUGUUGACUACAAGGUUCUUGUUUUCUGCACAACUGCUAUGGUCACAAAACUUGUUGCUAAUCUCCUUGGGGAGUUGAACUUGAAUGUCAGAGAAAUCCAUUCAAGAAAGGCUCAGGGUUAUAGAACCAGAGUUUCUGAUGAAUUCCGGAAGUCAAAGGGUCUCAUCUUGGUUACUUCGGAUGUAUCCGCACGUGGAGUUGAUUAUCCAGAUGUUACUCUUGUUGUACAGGUUGGUCUACCGGCUGAUAGAGCACAAUAUAUACAUCGACUAGGUAGAACGGGGCGAAAAGGAAAAGAAGGGCAGGGCAUACUGCUACUAGCUCCUUGGGAAGAGUACUUUUUAGCUACUGCAAAAGAUUUACCUAUUGGGAAAGCUCCGGUCCCUUUGGUUGAUCCUGACACUAAGAAAAAGGUGGAAAGGGCUCUAUCGAACGUGGAGAUGAAGAAUAAAGAAGCAGCAUAUCAGGCAUGGCUUGGUUACUACAACUCUAACAAGAACGUGGGGAAAGAUAAAUAUAGGUUAGUGGAGCUUGCAAAUGAGUUCAGCCGAUGCAUGGGGCUUGAUAGCCCUCCAGCUAUUCCGAAGCUUGUCCUUGGCAAGAUGGGUCUUAAAAAUAUCCCAGGUUUACGUUCCAAAUAG